CCGAGUUCUGCCAACAGCAACAACUCGACAGGAUUUACAUAAAUGGUCGUUCCUGCUUUCCCAGAUGCAUUAGAGCAAUUGCAACGUUGCCCCCUGUGUGACGGCAUCGAGGGUGACGUGACUCACACUGGUCAUUCUGACUCAAACGUUCUAUAUACACCCCAUAAAGAGCUACUAGGACUUAGUUACUAGUGCUCCUCACAGUACUCAUUUGCCCGCCAACUCAUAAUGUCUUUAAGGAGCUUUCAAUCCGAAAUUCAGGAAAUCCACGCACGGGAGCUCGCCCGCCAACGUGGCCAAGGCUCUAGUGUAGCUCCCGCUCCGCGGAAUAUACAUGCCAGGAAAAUACAGAUACUCGAGGAAUCUAAUAUCGUCGGUGGACCACCUCCUUCCAGGGAUGCUGGCGUCGAGGAUGAGGUUGAAGCAGUCCUGGCAUUACUAUCUAUCCAUGAUUAUGACCGAGCACGCACCUCGGUAGCACAACUCAUCACUGGACGCAAAGGCGAAUACAUAUUUCGCAUUGGCUGUCGACCAUCCCAUGCAUCACUCUUUGCCGGAGAGAGCGUGGACGAUGCAACAGGAUGGUCGGGGGUCCCGCGAACAGAUGUCGAAGUUACUUCAUUGCAAUCAUCAGUUAAGAGGGUUGUGGAAGAGCUAGGAGGGAAGAUAUCUGUUCUUUUUGAAACUACUGACAGUCACUAUCCACGUGCAACUCUACUACUACGAUUACCUCCGCCCAGCAUUGCAUUAGUUCCAGAGGUCCGCUGUGCUGUCGUCGGUAACGUUGAUUCGGGCAAGUCUACAACACUAGGAGUUCUAACACGCGGUCCUCUGGAUGACGGGAGAGGCCGAGCUCGUGUAGCACUGUUUCGCCAUAAACACGAGAUUGAGACCGGAAGAACAUCUAGUGUAGGGAUGGAAAUCCUUGGUUUUUCGACUGCUGGAGUCCCUGUCCUUCCAGAUAUACCGCCGUCUGCUGACGCAGACGUGAUUCGACGCGAUAAACUGGGCUGGGACGAAAUUUCAGCACAGUCAGCCAAGAUAGUUUCUUUCAGCGACCUUGCGGGUCACGAGCGAUAUUUGAAAACUACUCUCUACGGGUUGACGUCCGGGGCGCCAUCGUGUGUGAUUCUGAUGGUCGGUGCCAACGCCGGGCUUAUUGGCAUGUCGAAGGAGCAUCUAGCAAUAGCUCUGGCUUUAAGCGUGCCCGUUGUUGUCUGUAUUACCAAGAUUGAUAUGACCCCACCCAAUAUUCUUAAUGAGACUACGAAACAGGUUGUGAAGAUUUUGAAGAGUCCUGGAUGCAGGAAAACACCAGUUUUUGUGAACUCGAUGGAAGUUGCGGUUGAAUCGUCGCAGACAUUUGCGCAACACAAACUAUGUCCUAUUUUCCGCGUCUCCAAUGUCACUGGAGAAGGCCUUGACUAUUUUCGCACGUUCUUGAAUCUCCUUCCAUCCAGCGAAGCGGACACCGAGACGUUCGCAGUCGAUCAGCCACUUGAGUAUUCGGUCACUGAUGUCUGGUCUGUCCCAUACGUGGGGACAGUCGUCAAUGGCAUUCUCAACAGUGGAAGUGUCAAGACAGGUGACUCCUCGACCGUUGUGAGGAGUAUGCAACGAAAACGAGCUGAUGUUGCGACAGCUGAGGCUGGCCAAUGCGUUGCUCUCGCUCUCAAGCGAGUGAAACGUGCGGCCGUCAGGAAGGGUAUGGUCAUAGUGCACAAGACCGAUACUCCCCCGAAAGCAACACGCCAAUUCGAAGGACAGGUCCUCAUAUUAUAUCAUAAUACUACCAUGCAACAAAACUACCAGGCUGUCCGCCAAACUGUUCGUAUCAUAUCGAUGGAUAACCCUGAGGGGAUCCUGCGGACUGGUGAUCGAGCCACCGUUCAGUUUGAGUUCAUUACACAGCCAGAGUUUGUCAAGGUCGGGAUGAAGUUGUUGUUCCGUGAGGGUAAGACCAAGGGACUCGGUGUUAUCACCCGUCUGCUGUGACAGAGGGUAGCAUGAUCAUGGUGCGGUGAUCACUCGCUCCCUCGGAGGUCGUCUGCGGUCCUUCUCACUCACUAGCCACCCUCGUCGCACUCCGUUACAGUUAGUUGUAUUCAAUCUUUCUUCCAGUGUGGGGCCUGUUUGACUCCUCGAGUGUGGUAUGAAGAAUUGUAUUUAUACGUACCUGGAUAUUUUAUUUGUAAUUUGAAGCAAUACAUCUACAGCGUUCCAUCUC